AUGGAACUACAAGAUGAUUCACAUAAAACGUCGGAACCACAGCUAACUAAAGCAAAACUUGAUGAAUGCCGUCUCGCGGGAUAUGAAAAAUGUGAAUAUUGUGAACAAGACAAAACUGACAUCAGAUGGUGUAAGACAUGUAAUGCUGAGCACUUCUCGAAGCUUCAAUGGGAAAGUGGCAACAAUAUAAUCGACAGUUUUAUUAGGGGUAUUCAAAAUAGAGCCGUUAAUCAUCAUAGAGUUCUGGAAUGGGUUUCAUUCAAAAAUUUCGAGAAUGUUGAAUGUAUUGCAGAAGGCGGUUACGGAAUUGUGUAUAAAGCCAAAUGGAUAGGCGGGCGCAUUCUUUACUUUGAUAGUAAGACUCAGGAUUGGCAUAGAAGUGGAGAUAUGGAUGUUGUUCUUAAAUGUUUACAUAAUUUGAAUAAUACAACCGAGCAAACCGAGCAGUUUUUAAAGGAAAAAUUUAUGAUUAUAAUGAAUUUUAUGGAAGAUGGCAGUCUUCGUGAUUAUAUAGGAAACAAAUUUUCAACUUUAACGUGGAUCCAAAAAUUGGAAAUAUUAUAUACAGCGGCUAACGGUCUCUACAAUAUCCAUGAGGCAAAAUUAAUUCAUCAAGAUUUGCAUACUGGAAACAUCGUUCUCUCAGGUCAAACAUCUUAUAUUACAGAUUUUGGAUUUUGUCAACCGGAUAAUUAUAAAUCAUCGGAGGGAGCAAAGAAAAGUGAAAUAUUUGGUGUAUUGGCAUAUCUUGCACCAGAAAUUUUAUGUGGAGGAAAACACACAAUGGCAACAGACAAAUAUUCAUUCGAAAUAUUAAUAAACGAAACCAAUAAAAAGAUAACUCCGCUAUUCGUCAUUAAUUUGAUUAAAAGAUGCUGGAACCAAAAUCCCGAAGAUCGACCACAAGCAAAAGAGUUGCAAAAAUGUCUCGGGGAUUGUACUUCGUCAGAAUUUUAUAAUUCCUAUAUAAGUAGUAGAGUGAGCAUUGUGAAAUCCGUGAGAGUAUCUCACAUCGAAUCUGCGUCAGACAGUGGUGUUUAUGGUCUGAUGAUCCCCGAUGAGAAUGAUGAACGACGGACUCGCCAGUUACCGUUAUAA